AUGCAUUCAGGCCGCCCACACUACCACGUCAAGGCUAAGUGGAUCGCUUUUACUGACUAUACUUCUGGUAAGGGUGAGUUUUUUGAACUAGAUGAAAAAGGUAAUCUUUUAAAGAAGAAUGCUGGCAAACUUGAGCCAACACGCGUUGUUCAGUACCAAAUCAACACAGGGGCACCACCACCUCCAGUCGCGUUAAUCGAGGAACCAAAGAAGGAAGAGAAUUGCGAGUUUACUUUCGUUCCUCCACUUUCAGAUGAUUUUGAUACAUUUGUUGAUAGCAAUGUUGCUCUUGUUGAUGAACCGUUCUUUGAUUAUGUUGUUUUUUAA